AUGCGGCGCUUCUCAUUAUCUCAAGCUUUUCUCUCGUUUUGUUCCCUGUCUCGUGGCAGCCCAGAGCCUGGUCGGGGCCUCACUUUUGUCUUAGCCAAGGCCACUGGUUUUUGUUCUUGCAAGGCCAAAUUGUUAUGUCUCUAUAGCACUGGCCUUCUUGCGGCUUGUAUCCAGCUAUUCCGCAUAUCUGGGAGCUCAGAGCGUACCAGGGCGAACCGCACAGCACUUCUCACUGUCCAAAAAUACAUUGUUGUGGAAACAUUACCGAAACCGGGUUCGAGAAGCAUCACAGCCAGUCACCCGUAUCCGCCUGCUUGGUUUCCUUCUUCUUUUCUUCCUGUUCUUCUCAAUUUAUAUGCCACGAACCCUUUCACACGCCGUAUGCUGUGGGAGAUUCGCUUUUUGCCGAAACUCAUACCCAAUCGCAUACAUAACCUGGCACAUUAUUCGUUUAGGCGCACUCUGCUGCUCUAG